AUGAUUUUGGUUAAUGUGAUGGUUGUGUCAGCAGAUAAAGCAUGGUGUGUGGCUAAGGAAGAAGCUAGUGAACAACAAUUGCUUGGUGCUUUAAAUUAUGUAUGUGGAAUUGGAGUUGAUUGUCGCCCUAUUCAACCUAAUGGAAACUGUUAUUAUCCAAACACAGUGAGAGAUCAUGUUUCAUAUGCUUUCAAUACCUUCUAUCAGUUAGAGAAACAUGGUUUAGGCACUUGUGAUUUUUCAGGGAGUGCACAUGUUGUUUACAAGGAUCCUAGCAAGGGUAGUUGUGUAUAUCCAUCAAAUUGA